AACUCUCUCAGCCUCCGCAAUGGAAACCCUAAGGAAGAUGAAAGGAUGUGGAAGUUUGAGAAAUAGAGACAGGAUCAGUGAGCUUCCGGAUGCUCUGCUUCUGCAGAUAUUGUCUUUAAUUCCGACAAAAGAUGCCGUAGCCACUAGUGUUUUGUCGAAACGAUGGCGGUUUCUUUGUAAGAUGAUACCGAAUCUCAAGUUCGGUUACUGUGGCGGUGGUCUCGAGAGGUUUUCAGAUACCGUAUGCAGGUUCUUGCAUUCACAUAAGGCUCCGGUUCUUCAGAGUUUGCAUCUCGAUAUGUUCUUAGAAAAUGAAUCCACUAUUGAAAUUGGAGUACUGCUAGGGAUUGCGUUCGGACGCAACGUGCGUGAGUUGGAACUCGAAGUUUACUCUUCUGAUGAGCCGUAUAAGUUUCCUACAAGCUUGUACAACUGUGGGACUGGGACACUUGAGACCUUGAAACUCGGUCCUUGUGUCCUUGUAGACGUUCCAUUUCCGGUUUGUCUCAAGGCCCUUAGAACUCUACGCCUUUACGCAGUGAGAUACAAAGACAUUGGAUCUGUUGUUAACCUUUUAUCUGGCUGUCCUGUUCUUCAAAAUCUGGAGGUUAUGUUGUAUCCACAUGAUGAUUCUGAUGUGAAUACUUUCACUAUUGAUGUGCCUUCCUUGCAACGUCUAACACUUGCUACUGACGGUGAAGAAUAUGAGUAUUUUUCGUCUUAUGUGAUAAAUGCUCCUCAUUUGAAAUAUCUGACCCUUAGAAGGUUAAUAGAUGAUGACUCCUCUAUUCUGAUUGAGAAUAUGCCUGAGCUGGUGGAGGCACAUAUUUCUGGUGUGUCUGAUGUAAUCUAUGCGAACAUUCAUGGAUCUCUCACUUCGGUCAAACGCCUUUCUUUGGAGAUUUUGUCACCAUUGGACCUGACUAAGUUUCCCACUAAUAGAAUCUUCAGCAAGCUGGUGUAUUUGGAGCUACAUGCACACGGACCAGAGUGGUGGAAUCUAUUGAUGAUCAUGCUCGAUACUUCUCCUAAUUUGCAAGUCCUCAAGCUCAUUAGUCAUUGGUGUAGCGAGGGAGAUAUGAGAUGGAGUCAACCGAAAUAUGUUGCUGAAUGCUUGGUGAACAGCCUGGAGACAUUAGUUUGGGAAAAGUACGGAGGGGGAACAGAAGAAGAUGAUAAAGAGGUGGCUCAAUACAUCCUAAAGAAUGCAAGUCGUUUGAAAACAGCAACCUUCUCCUAUAUAAUAGUUCAACCGGAGAAGAGACUCGAGAAGUUAAAGGAACUGGAGAGUAUGGUCAGGGCUUCCAACUCAUGCCAGCUUGUUUUCAAAUAAACUGAUCAUCACGUGGGAGUCCUAGAAAGCUUACUGCAUUACGCGGUUGAUAAUGGUGUUUAUUGUUGGCGGCUUGUCGCAAUAUUUUAUGACGGUUUCAGAAUUAUGAACUCUAGUAAGUAUUAUUAAGGUGAUGUUUUUUAUUUUGUCUAGCCGUAGCUUGUUGCGUCUGAUUUAGUUGAUGGCAUGAGUUUAACCGUUAUUCAAGAUGUUGCAUUCAAUUCCAUUGAACUUUGUUGUUGGCAUUUGGGACAAGAGUCACAGAAAAGGAGUUGAUG